CGAGUAGUUACAAUGGCUUGAAAAAUUCUGUCUACCAGUCUCCUUUUGAUUCUGAGGAAACCCUAGAAACAGUUCGUUACACCAGAGAAAGUCCGAGCAGCAAAAAAGUGUUAACCAUGGAGAAGGUUUCAGCAGCUCACGCCAUGGAUUGGAGCAUCAAGCUAGAGAAAGCCCUUCGUUCUAAAAACCCAGUUAGAGCUGUUGAAGCCAUCCUGGAGACUGGUGAGAAGCUUCAACAGUGGAGCAAAGAACCAGAACCUGCAACUGCAGUUUACAGUUUAUUUGGUUUGGUUCCUGAAGAAGAUAGGUUGUUUUUCAAUACUAUCCUAUUGAGGCUAGUUGAUGCGUUUUGCUUUGGAGAUAAGCUUGUUAAGGUUGCUGUUGUUCGGGUGUUUAUGUCUGUGUUCAAGCGAAGCCGAGGGAAGAGUAAAAGCGAUUGCGGAACUUGGUUUUUGUCAAAGGCUAAAGUGCAUAACCACUUGGAAAUGCUUAAACGAGUGAAGAGUGUUUAUGACAAGGGUGAUACUGAGGCAAAGGCUUUGGCUUUGAUUCUGUUUGGUUGUUGUAGAGAUUUCGCUAGCGAGUUUGCUCCGGUGCGGUACUUGGUUUUCACCAGUAUGGUUUCUUCACAUGAUCUUGAGGUAAGAUCAUCUCUGUUUGCUGCAGCUUGCUUUUGUGAAGUAGCAGAUGACUUUGCAUUGGUUGUUUUGGGGAUGUUAAAUGACAUGGUGAAGUUCCCGGGAUUAAUGCCAAAGACCAGGUUAGCUGCUGUGCGAGUUUUUGCAAAAAUGGGAUCCUCACAUGCAAUUGCUAAUAGAGCCUUCAAGAUCUGUAUGACGCUAAUGUUGGAGUCCUCAAAAGAAGACAAUUUGGUUCCGUUCCUGGUUUCCUUGACUAAGCUUGCCUCAAGAUCUACUCAUCUUGCUUCUGAACUGGCAGAGGUUAUCAUGGCAUUUCUGGGUGAAGAUAAGAGCCCUCAUGUUCGAGCUGCGGUACUAAGAUGUCUCCACUUUCUUAUCAAAAGAGGGAUGUGCUUCUCUCUUGUCCAUGUCAUCGAAACUGCAACUUUUUCCAGCUUACUAAAACAAGCAGAGCUCCCACCAGAUAUGCAGCUUAAAGCCCUUCAAAUUUUUCAAAAUAUACUUGUCUACAAACUAUGUUUGGCUGAUCCAUCUGAACUGCAUCAGCUCAUAGCUUUAGUUGAGAAUGCAUCUCAAUCUCAGAUCUUCUCAAGCAGCUGUUUAGCUAUCAGUAUUUUGGUGGGUAGCUGGAAAGAAAUAAUCCGGACAGCAGAAAUAAGAUCAAUUGAGGUAUCUUCAACGUCUCUUCCUCUGCAGCUCGUUGUAUUAGUCAUGGACAGGCUUACCUUACUGGCACGCUCGUGUUCUGAUCCCUGUCAAGUUGACUUUGCGCUAGUUACUGAGGUUCAAGACCUCUUCAAUGUUCUCCACCUAUUAGUCGGAAAACAAUCUGAAGUGAGGCUGCUACUGCUUGACAAAGUCAGGUUAUUCCUAGUGGACUUAACUGAUGGCUUAAGAAAACCAGAUGGAGCUCAUGAACUACUGGUCGGUGUAAUCAAUUAUAAAAGUAAAAGAGGGGUUGUCGUGAGGUCAGAGUUUUUAGCAUCAGUACACAAGUUCCUGAUAGUGUUCUUGGAGAAUCUCGAGGGUGAUAAAACUGUUCUGUCUCAAGUUUAUGAAAAGGUGAAGCGUAUCACUGAGUGUGUGCGUUCGUGCACCUUCUUUGAUUGCCACACACAGAUGAUAUUCACUUUGCUAUUACACUCACCAGUUCUUUGGGGAAGCAAUAAUGAUGCAGAUGGAGAUUCAGGCGUCUCACGUGUUGAUGAUAUGUUUAACUAUGGAAUCGUUUCUCUUGAAUGUUCGACUCAGAUUUUAGAUGAGGGAAACUACUGGCCUGCUUAUAGAGCUGGAGUCUACGCAGCACGUUUGGGUGAAUGGGUCACAUCUGCCUUGAUUUUUGACAAGCUCAAGACCAACGUCCAGUCUGAUGUUAACUCUUUUUGGUUAAAGUCAUUAACCUAUUUAUCUCACGCUGAAGGGAAACUGCAACUGCUUCUCAUGCCAAGUGGUAGUUUCAAGUUAGUCAAUUGGUUGAAGAGUAACAGUUGUUUACCAGAACUCUCCAAAGAUGCAUCUGGAGAGUUUGCUCACUGCGUAGCUCUUCAUGAAGCGUAUAUGAAUUUACAGUCGUCACUGGGAAUGUUGGGGAAUAUUAAAGCGUCGAGUGAAGUGUUCUGUUUCCAAACGUGGUUCUUGGUUCUAAAGACUCGGGUAAUGGAAACUGUGAUUGAUCUCGUUGAAUGCCUCGGGCUGCUUAACCAAGAUGUCUGCAACAAGAAGCAGGUGACUGGUUGUAAUUCUCUGAAACAGCUUCCUCGUAUCUCUAUUCAGCUUCAAAAGUUGGCGAAGGAGUUUGAUAUGUUAGCGACGUGUUUUAUUGACAUAGACGAUCGCAGCUCUAGCGUUAUCGCAUCUCUUUCACUGAGCUGUUCAGUUAUGGCUUUUGCUGCUGGAAUAGUUCUCUUCAUUCCAGGUUUUUCGUCUCAUGAAACUUUGACCCCUUUCACUUCACAAAGUGGUCUUUGCUCGAGGCUUGUACAAGAUUUAGUUCAAAGGCUGUGGAAGGUGGACCCUGAAACCUGCGAAAUGCUUAGUAUGCUCGUGAAGGAAAACGAAUCACUAAGCUGUUCCCACGUGCAGCCUAGGAAUCAAGUACUUAAAGUCUGUAACAAAGUGAAGAUGCUGCUAUCUGUUUGCAGAGAUGUUCUUGCAUGCAUUCAUGGAUUGCAGAACUGGUCUAAUUCAAUGCAAGAAGAGAACAUUAGUUCUGAGAUUACUAAGAGUUGCCGGAUUCUACUUUCACAAGUAAUUAUGAAAUGGAUGCAGAUCCCUUUUGGCAUUCCAAAGUACUUCUUUAAUAUAAGGCCUUGUGUUGGUGCUGAGCUAUUUGCUCUUAGUUCAGACAGAAGAAAGAGUACUCCUGAUACAAUUACAGUGGAACAAGGCUUUCAACUGUCACUUGAUCUUUGUCUUCAGUUGAAAAACAUACAACAACCAAGAGUCUCUGUUCGACUAACAAAACUGUAUUGCCUCCUUUAUACCAAACUAGCUUAUCACACCCCGAUUCAGAACGGUGAAGCCAAAAGAAACCAAAAGUCUUAUUCUCCUUGGAGAGAUGAAGAUCUGGUAGAAAUGAGUGGCAAGCUGUUUCAUCAUGCUGUUACAAAGUCUGGUAAGAAGCCUGAAGGUUCAGGUCGGUUUGAUUGGAGCAACGGUGUUUCUGCGGUUGUGCAGUUCGAACCAAACGAGAGAGGACAAGGGUUUUCUAGCUGCUUGCUAGAUGUUUCGCGUUUCCCAGUUGGUUCGUAUCAGCUAAAAUGGUUAAGUGGUUGCGUUGAUCAGCACGGUUCUUGCUGGAAUCUUCUACCUCUCAGUGGCAAACCUGUGUUUACCGUUAAGAAAGCUUCUUGACUAGAAUCUAAAACCAGAGUGUUUCACGGAUCCUAUGGCGAAAGAUUAAAGAUCCAAAGAGGAUAUGAUUUGUAAGAAAGCAAGAAAAGAGACAGAGAUUGGCUUGGUGAUAAUCUCGAGACUUGCAGCUGUAAUAUGAGUUUGAGUAACCUAUUGGAAUCGAUCUUAGGUCUGGUCAACGUGCAUUCCAAGGAUUUUGGACAAGGACCAUAUAUAAACUGCACAUAGGAGAGUAAAGAUACCCAUAGGCUCUCAAAUGUUUCAUUAUUAAGAAGUCAGGGAACUAAACAACGAUUAUAAUUUGAAGGUUUUAGCUUUUAAGGGUA